AUGUGCAGUGGAGAACUCGUCCGUGUUUGUGUGUCAACGUGUAGUCUCCUCUAGCCUCAUGCUCACGUUUCCCGCGGAUUAUUAGUGAAGCGGAAAAGUGUGCCCAUUCGCUUUGAUAAAUUCCCCCCCAGACGAAUCUCCCCAAAGUAGCUCUCUGGUAAACAUAGACACAUGCGAAACAGAAUCCGCAAUUUGUGCUGCGUUUGUUAAUGAUACUUCUGAUGCUUUUUUAAAACGUUCCACUUACCAUCCUUGAAAGUGGCUGCACUUUGAUGCUGUUUUGGGGUGCUGAACAUCGGCGUCAUUGAGAAAGCUGGGAAUGAAUAUAGUGUAAUUACCGACCAAUUUGUUUUUAAUCAUUGCUGCUCACCCCAGGGGGAGCGUGCCUGUCACUUGGAGGUGUGUCUAAUUAAUAUUAAACAAUGAGGCGCCGCUGUGCCGACCUCUUGCCUCUACUCUUGGAGGCGUUACGUCACGUGAGUGGCCCGUGUUCGCUCCAGCUGAGCGAAAAGCUCGGACUGUUUUGAGCUCAAAGCGUGCAGUAACACAUACAGAGAGAACUGAACAGAAGGGGAAAACGAUUGAGCGGCUGAAUGGGGGAGAAAAAGGGGGAAAACAACGACAACAUCCAACCAGUCGCACUACGCAGCAGAAAUUGACUCAGUAACACUUUCCUCGUUUUAUUUUCAGUUGUUAUUUUUGAGACGUUUGAGAAGUUUCUUGUUCCGUUAUUUCUUGAGUAUCGUUGGCAUUAUUGGAAUUUUGUAUUCUCUCAUAUCUUUUCUACUGGUGCUGUUGUAUCCGGUUCAUUUGUUGCUUUUGUUUCACGGUGAAUUUGGACAUAACGUCGCCACAUCAGUCUGAUUAUUGAAAGUAAACAGAAGAUAAGCUGUCAGCACUUUCUGGAAAUACUGGGAAUGUACAUUUCUGUCCACACAGCGAGUCUACAAUCAAAUGUAUUCAGAAGUGCACUCUUUAUUUAAAAUCUUAUUUUCAAAUAAAGUAUUGAAUCACUCAAUCAUCUAGCGGUCAAGGGAGUUCAGUCCGGACGUUGGAUGAUGGCCAGGCCGCUUUCACAGCUCCUACCCCCGGACCUUCCCUCUGCAGGGGCGAGCCCGCAGUUUGGUAACAGUAUCCAGGCAGGAGGCUCACUUGGCGGUGGACACUUAAACUCCGCAGCAAACUUUAAAUCGCUCCUGCAGCUCCCCAUGAAGGGUGACCAGCGCAUCAAAGACUGUUGUGAAAUGAAAGGUAAGGACAGGUUGGAUAUUGACGAGGACUCUCUUGGUCGGUGUCCUCUGCGCAAUGGCUGCAGCAAUGGAUUAGUUGCUGACAGCAAUGGAGCAGGCACAGGCAGUUUCUCUAACAACAACAACAGUUCCUUCCUGGGCCCGUUGCUAUGGGAACGAACAUUGCCAUGUGACGGCGGGUUGUUCCAGUUGCAGUACAUGGAUCUUGAAGAAUUUCUAACGGAGAACGGGAUGAGCAGCAUGCACAAUACCUCCAACUCCACCUCUGCUCAGAUACCUUCUCAGAGCCCUCAGUCAGCCAUCCCUAACCAGGGCUCCCAGUGCCUCCCCACCUCCCCCCCACACUGCUCCUCUUCCUCCUCACCAACAUCAGCCACUGCCUCUUCCUCGCCCUCUCUGCUCGGGCUGGACAUGCACACACCACAAAGUGUGCUUGGAACUUCAGACUGCUUGCACAGCACACCACCAGGCAGCUUGGAGCCAAUGCCCUCACCUUCCUCCACUACCUGUCCACCACUCCCUACUCCAACCAUCACCAAUUGCAGUGACAUGCGUGCGCCCUUUGACCCUGAUCCUGCAGACGUUGCACUGUCGAGUGUGCCGGGACAGGAGGCGUUUGACCCCCGUAGGCAUCGUUUCAGUGAGGACGAGCUCAAACCUCAGCCUAUGAUUAAAAAGGCUCGUAAGAUGCUUGUCCCUGAUGACUUGAAGGAUGAGAAGUACUGGAAUCGACGUUGUAAGAACAACGAGGCUGCAAAGCGUUCUCGUGAUGCUCGUCGACUAAAGGAGAACCAGAUCUCAGUGCGCGCCGCCUUCCUUGAGCGUGAGAACGCUGCACUGAGACAGGAAGUUGCCGACAUGCGCAAAGAGCUUGGUCGGUGCCGUAACAUCCUGAACAAAUACGAGGGUCACCACUUGGAUCAGUAAGAAGGAAGGGAGGAGGUGAAGAAGAUGAUGGAUGAAGAAAACAAUGAAUGUCUCCAUGAUAGUCAUGCUAAAAGACAGAGAAAACAGACAAGUGCAUCAAAUAUAUGGAAUAAUGUAUGAAGAUGGCACAAGAGCUGAGGAGUGAGAAAACUGGAGUGAGAGAGCACCUCUCUUUAAUAAUUUUUUCAGUAAGGUACAAUGGCAAGAUUUUAAUUAUGGAGAUAAUUAUAUAUUUUUAUAUGAUAGAAAUAUGCUUAAUGGGGAAAGGAAAAUUUUGAAAUUAAUUUUUGUAUAUUUUCUAUAUCUUUGGGAGGACUGUUAAGUAGACAGAGUGAUUGAGUGAACUGGUAGAGGUAUCACUGUAAUAUAAAAUCAUUUUAAUGUGCUAUUUUUGAAGCAGUCGACACUUAGUUGUUAAACACUUUGGUCUUGUGAAGGAAAGCAACAAUUUAUAAGACCAGACAUUCACAGAACUUUUAAAAGUAGAGAAUUAACAUUUAGAAAAUAACUUUCUAGAGAGCUUUAACUGUAUAGUAAUGAGAAAAAUGUUAAAUUUGUAUAGAAAUGUUGUUAAAAUAGAUUUAUUCAAGCACUUACGUUGUGAUAAACCCAUGCAUAAUGAUUUGGCAGAGUUGACAAAGUACAAUCAUGGACAAGGGGAAAUAGAGAAUGACCGGUGCAUCUCAACUCAAAACAUUUCUCAUCAGUCUGCUGCUGAUAUUUCUUUGUCAUUCUCAAAGGAAAACUGAACAUGCAUUGAUGUUAAGAAAAUGAAAGAGAGACUCACCUGAAAGACAUGUAUUAAUUAUCACAUUUAACGACAUUUUUCUUAUGGGUUUAUUUUCUUUGAUGGUGAACUCAAUAAGAUUCUUUCUCCUAUAACUUGGUAUCUCCUGUCUACAAUGUACUCAUCUGUUUUUAUAGAAGUCUGACUUAAAAACAACAAACAAAUAGCGGUGAGCAUUUUUAUGGCAGCGUACAUCCACAACGCACACCGAAGGAUCUUAAGUGAACUUGCAGAGGCUGUUCUUGCUGUGCAAAAACACAACUUUGACCUCUAUGGAUUGAAAAUAUGGGACAUGGCUCUCAUCUGAUUGUAUGGAAUGAUUCCUUGUAUCUGAUGCACAGAAUUUUGCAUUUUGAAACAGGUCGUUAUAUAGAUGUUUUGGAUGUCGCUGGUUUUGCACCUGUAUAUGCAAACACAAUCAAGCCAAUGAGCAGUCACACUUGUUUUUGGAACAAUGUUGAAUUUUUACAAACUGAUGACCAGUAUCAGUCAAAAUGUUUGACAUUUUGUGACAAAUUCAUUAGUUGUGUUUUGUAGCUCCUUUUUAUUUCUCCAGUCUUGUCUGUUUCUUUCCUUAAUGACCAUUAAAGUAAUUUCACUUUUUAUGAAUUAUUAUUGUUCUGAUCAUUAUUGCUAUUGCUGUUAAUACUACGAUUGAAUUAUUUUUGUUGUUUUAUUUUCCUUGAUAUAGUCUACUUUAUUAGGCUCCUCCACACAGGGUAUCCAAGUCUCUUUUCAAAUGUUGAGAUUUUGUCACUUCCUGUUGGUUCUAGCAUUCAUUGUCAACACCAGCUGUAGAAGAAGUGUCACCAAGACAGCCAGGUCAAUUUGUGUAUCUGAGAAACACUUGAAAAAACUGUUGCACUUGGCGAUGAUAAACUCUACUUUCCCCUGUAUAAAUGGAAUUUUUCUCUUUAUUUCUGUACACAAAGCAUAGAGUCCCAUCAUACCUUUUUGCCCUGUCUUGUUUUUCUCUUUUUUGUGCAUGUAACUACCGCCUUUUUGCUCAGUAAUUUGCUGCCUGUUUUCUCAUCAGUGACAAUAUUUCGCAGAUGGACUUUGGGUAAUGUUGUCCUUUUCUGCACAUUCACAUGUGGAUGAUUAUGAACAUCUUGUGUUGUGAGUCCUGUUUUUGAUGUACAAAUACCCUAAUGCAUCAGUGUUAACCACACUGCACCUAGCCAAAGUAAUGCAGGGGAAUGUAGUCUUUUCUCCAAGACCACAAAUAAACAAUUGUUCUUACUAAACAUUAAGGAUGAUUAAUUUGUUCGUCAUGCAUGUGCCUAUUCCAUUGUGUAGUAUUUACCACUCUCUUAUGUAAUACAUUAUUUAAUAAAUAAAGUGUUUGA